GUCAGGAGAAGCUUGCAGGCAAUCGGGGUGGGCGGAGCAUACAGUCAAGGGAGAAUCAGUCUAAAGUUCAGUCUAUGGUCUAAAGUUCAGCCCCUCAACUGCGCACAUGUGGCUCGGAUUUAUCUGCCAACGGACUUUCGGCGAGUCAAGUCACUUCAAGAGAUAAAAUGAUGCACUGGACUGAACUUAAGAAAGAAGAGCUCGAGAGGCAGUUUUCACCCAGCCAGUGGUCGCACAGGAUGUCGGCAGACGACGUGAUCAAGGCUCACGUGAAGGCUUUAAAGGAAGGUACGGAGCGUGCCCGUGGCCUGGCUCAAACGUUGCUCAAUGUGCCGUAUGGGGAGGGAGAUGGAGAGAAACUGGAUGUCUACAUACCCAGCACCAACUCUUUGGAUGUCCCACUUGUCAUUUACCUACAUGGAGGCUACUGGCAGUUUCUCAGCAAGGAGGAGUCAGGAUUCAUGGCUGUUCCGCUCGUUGAUAAAGGUGUAGUGGUGGUUGCCGUCGGCUACGACAUCGCCCCUAAAGGCAACAUGGACUUGAUGGUGUCUCAAGUACGCAGGAGUGUUGUGUCUGUUGUUCAGCAGUAUUCUCACAUCAGUGGUCUGUACCUGUGUGGCCACUCUGCUGGGGCUCACCUGGCUGCAAUGGUCCUCUCCACUGACUGGUCGGAGUACAGCAUCACUCCUCAGAUCAAAGGUGCUUUUCUUGUCAGUGGCAUAUAUGACCUCCUGCCCAUCCUGUCCACCUACGUCAAUGAGCCUUUGAAGAUGACCGAGGAGGUGGCGGUGAGGAACAGCCCCAGCAAGCUGGUCCCUCAGCUCAAACUCUCCUCCUCCAGCUGCCACAUCGUUGUGGCUGUCGCUGAGAACGACUCGCCGGAGUUUCGCAAGCAGUCGGAGGAAUACUACAAAACUUUGGAGGCGUCAGGACUUGAUGUGACCGUGGAGGACGUGGCGAACACAGACCACUUCAGUAUCAUUGAGCAACUGGUAGAUGGGGAGUAUCACCUAACAAAGCUUCUCUUAAAGACGAUGGGGAAGAGCUAAGACGUCGGCCUUUGAUCCAUCAUCUAAUAUCAACGUACCUCUGUAUCAACAUACACCUCUGAACAGAGUCCCCGCAUUAUGCAUUAUUUCAGGUUUGUACAAUAGUAAAUGUACAAUUUCUAUCAUGUUGAUUGUUCAACAAUCAGGUGGCAUGGAUUGUUUUGACAGUCUAAUAGUUUACUGUACCAUUACUUACAGCUGUUUGUUCACUGUAGAUACUACUGUCAGAAAAACGUGCUAUGAAAACAUUGUGUACCUAAAACCGAGUCACUUCAAAGAGGGUGAUUGUAGCAAAUGAUACUGCUGUUAAACCUGCUCAUGUUCAGUUGUAAACAGAUUAUCUAACAAGCAUAGUGUACAGUGUUAUCAUCAGGAAGCACCGUUCCACCGGCACACUAUAAGUUGUAGAGCUGAUGGUUAGUUUUGGCAUUUCUCCAGUGUUUUGUAAAAGGGUGGGUCUGUCUGUUUGGUGUUUUUUUUGUUCUUGUUACAAUCUGUUCCACAACUUAAAGUCCAUGGGUAGGACAAGAAUAGGAGCUCAUGUCAAGAGUACUAAUAUGUCAUACAAAGUGAAUGUAGCUUUUGAUUGUAACCUAUCUAAUUUAAUCUAAAUCUAAUCUAAGCAAUUGGGUAAAAGGGAUUUAAUGAACACUAUAUAUUUGCACUGUUAAUUUGAUCCUAAUAUAGUAGAGUACUGAUAUUUAAAUACACAUAUUUAAAAUGAACUGAUGCACAUUGUUACUGCGCUCAUUUUGGCAUCUUAAAUGAUUGUUUGCAUUAUGGUUUACACACAAGUGUUCUGUAUUAAUCAUUACUGUAGAUUAUAAAAGAGAAUCAUCAAAAUAAAGAUUUAUAUUUGAGAAUUCCUGUAA